GGGCUUGUACAGGCAAUACUAUAAGCCAAGUAGUUAACUGAUUAGCUGACGCUCAUGCCUUGCUGGAGUGCUGCCUUAGUUGAGCUCUUGCCUAUGGCCUCUUCGUGCAGCGACAGCACAACAACAGGCCAUCCACUGUCCUCAGUGGGAGAGUCGUAAGACGGCGUCUACGUGGCGCCUAGAGCAAACGGGCGCGCUGCACUUGUACGGAGGCGGAGUGCCAGUCACCGCAGCACAUCGCGAGCAGUACGUCGCUUCUUCAACAGGUGACGUUCACCAUCUCGUUUCUGGAAAUCAACGCAACACUGCAACGUCGGAAGACGAACAUCUGCACCAUGGAUCCUGGGAGUAGCAGUAGCAGUAGCAGCAGCAGCAGCAUCUGCGGCCGGCAGUCUCGCUGCGACCGGCGGCAGCUGUGGCACCAGGAGCGGCUCAGCUUGCUGCGCACGGCGCAGGACAACGUGGCACGCCAGCGGCAGCAGGCGGAGCUGCGCCGCCUCACCGACAAGUUGUUGGGCGCGCUCACCCAGCUGGAGGUGGAGGCGCAGCCGCCCCCAAGCAGCCGCGGCGACACUGAGGCCACCGCUCCCGUCACGCCGCCCACCGCCGCCCCCGCCACCCCCGCAGCCACUGUGUCGCCCCCGGCCAGCCGCAGCAGCUGGGUGCGGGACCAGCUGGAGCUGCUCGCAGACCUAGACCUCAUAGAGCACUAGCCGCCUUUCACCUGCUCGUCCUCCUUGCUGCGCAGCUGGUGUUAACGUGUGAGAUGCAGCGAAAACAACCUUCUGGCGAAGGUAGCAGCGUUUCAUACGUGAAUUCGCUGCAGUGUGGCCGUAAAAUGUACUCUUCUAGAUGCAUGUUACUUUUCCAGAAACUUAUCAACACUGGACACCAUUUUAACAACUGUAUUAGUAGUAAUGCAUGCUAGUGCAGUAACGGUAACAUUUUGUACCUGUCCACACUCGUUUUAAAGAUUUUUAAUAUUUCCCUCUCUACGAGAACAACAACAUGAGGGGCUGCGCUGAUCUCUCGUAUACCGAUCUUUCCUUACGCGAUAUUUUCCGCUUGUUUAUGCAGUGGGUAGAUGCCAAGGUGCAUUGCCUCUUACUCCAGUGAAGCAAAAUAAAUAUUUUUAAAUGCAUAAAAUUAAUUGCUCUCUGCAGAAAAUGGGAGUGGUGUUAAAAGAAUUGUAAAUACUUUAUAAUAACUUUAGUAGCACAGAGAAUCUAACUAUUAAAAUACAGUGACAUCUGAAGUUUUCAAGCAAUUUUGUGUGUUGUUCCCUGUGCAACACACAUGAAAUUGUAGAAAAUAUAAUCCAAUAAAUUUAAUUUCACUCA